AGCUGACUUCUGAGUUUAGUGAGAUCUUCUUUAAGCCCUGUCACUAACAAACUUGAUGAUUAUGCCGUGAGGUUUGGUGCGCAUAUUUCUGGCUCCAUUGUUGUCAGCGACAGUGCCAGUAACAACAUCACUGAACUCCGCCGCUUUUUAAGGAGGUCUGACAAGCCUAGAGAUAAACACUCGAGACUGUUAGUAAAGCUGACUUCUGGGUUUAGUGAGAUCUUCAUUAAGAAAACCUGUGUAACAUUCCCACAAUGUCUGCCCUAAGUCAGACGGAUCCGUCCUCUUUUUCCAAUCCUGAAGAUGUGCUAGUGGAACACAUACAUCUAGAUCUCACUGUCUGUUUUGCGAAGCACACUCUGUCAGGAUCGGUCCAGCUCAAGCUGAAGAGGGUUAAGCCUGAGGCCGAGUUUGUGGUAUUAGAUACACGUGGCAUAACAGUGACGUCAGUGGUUGAUCUGGAAAGUGCAGAAAAGAUCCAAUACACCCUCGCAGAAAAAGUAGCCGUCUUUGGUUCUAAAUUGACCAUUAGAUUGACCAACAGGAAACCAGAGCACACCAUAGAGAUAACCUAUGAGACAUCUCGGGAAUGCUCCGCCCUUCAGUGGCUGAGACCUGAACAGACAGCGGGGAAGAGGCAGCCAUUUCUCUUUAGCCAAUGUGAGGCUAUUCACUGCAGAAGUAUGGUUCCAUGCCAAGAUACGCCCUCUGUCAAAGCCCCAUACACGGCUAAGAUUAAAGCUCCGUCGGUUGUGAAGGUCCUGAUGAGUGCGUUGUUGGAGGGAUCGGAAAAGACUGAGGAUGGACAGAUGGUGCACAGCUUCCGCCAGAACCACCCAAUGCCGAGCUACGGCAUUGCCAUUGUGGUUGGAGAUAUUGUGUCCAAAGAAAUUGGUCCUCGCAGUAAAGUCUGGGCGGAGCCUGAAUUUAUAGAAGCUGCUGCUUAUGAAUUUGCAGAGACAGAGAGCAUGUUACAAGCAGCGGAGAGCUUGUUGGGGCCGUAUGUGUGGGGUCAUUACGACCUGCUAUUACUGCCCCCUUCUUUCCCCUAUGGUGGGAUGGAAAACCCCUGCCUCACUUUUGUAACGCCAACACUGCUGGCUGGUGAUCGUUCGCUAGCUGAUGUGGUGGCUCACGAGAUCGCACAUAGCUGGACCGGCAAUCUCGUUACCAAUGCAUCAUGGUCAGACUUCUGGUUGAACGAGGGUUUUACGGUAUUUGUGGAGAGGAAGAUUGUGAGUCGACUAAAGGACAGUGAGGUCUACAGACAGUUCCUAGCCAGUAGGGGCUGGAGAAUACUCACAGAAACUAUAAAGCAGUUAGGUGCGGAGAACAACUUCACGUGCCUCGUGCCGGACAUGCUAGGAGUGGAUCCAGAUGAAGCGUUCUCGUCUGUUCCGUAUGAGAAGGGACAGGCCUUCCUUUUCUAUUUGGAACAGCUGCUUGGAGGCCCUGAGGUUUUUGAGAAAUACCUGAGGGCAUAUAUUGACAAGUUCAAGGGAAAGUCUGUCAACACUGCAGACUGGAAGGCCUUCCUUCUUGAAUAUUUCGACUCAGAGGAAGAUGCUGGAAAACUAGCUACAGUGGACUGGCAGGGCUGGAUGUAUGAACCUGGAAUACCUCCACAAAAACCUGUGUAUGACACAAGCCUGGUUGAGAAUUGUGAGGAAUUACGCAAUCGCUGGCUGGGUGUGUCGGAUGACCAGCUGACACAGUUCACUCUCUCUGAUAUUGAGGACUUUCAGCCUAUGCAGAUUGAACAGUUUCUGUCGGGAUUUGCUGAUCAUGAUCCCAUAUCAUGUGCUAAGGUGAAACACAUGGGAGAGGUUUACAAAUUGAACACCGUCACAAAUGCAGAAAUAAAAUUCAGAUGGCUGCGACUCUGUAUACAAGCACAUCAUGAACCAAUCAUUGAUGAGGCUCUCCAGUUUGUUUCUGAUCAGGGAAGGAUGAAAUUCGUCCAGCCAGUGUACAGGGACCUGUAUAAAUGGUCGGCCAGCAGACAGAGAGCAAAAGACAACUUCCUAGCUCAUAGAAACGAGAUGCACAACAUUACAGUGGCUAAAUUGGAGAAGAUCUUAGAUGUAAAGAAAUAGAGGAGGAAAUAGUUUUAAGAAAAAAAACAGAGUGUUAGAAUUGAACAAUCAAUGAAAUUCAGGUAUGAAAAACUACAGGUAGAUGUGAAAAUGUGAAUUCUUUGUCAGUCCUUUAGGAAUAGUAUAAAUGAAUAUAAAUGAAGCUGCUGGACCAUUUACACUUAAAACUUCCUCGCUCAUAGAAACAAGAUGCUGAAUAUCACAGAGAAACAAAGAAAAUGGAAACUAUGGGUGUUAAGACAUUUUGCUAGACUCUCCUUGGCAUAAUAAUAAAAAAAAUGAUAUAGCUGCUUAGACGAAAUUCCUUAUUCUUGUACAUAAAAUAACAACAUAGUUCAUAGAAAUGAGAUGCACACUGUCACAAUGGCCAAAUUCAAAGCUAGGGAGAGACUUGGAAUUGUACAAAUAAAUGAGAGGAAAGCUGUGCAUAUAUUUAUACUCAACUCA